GGCAAAGGCCGUGAAACUUGGUCGCGUGAAACUUCACGAGCGGAAAAUGUCUUGUGACGAUGAUGAACUCGACAACAAUCCUUUUUUCCGAGCACUUCAGACCACAUUCCUGGAUCUGUAUGAGCGAGCCCAGGAGAAAUGCCACCUGAUCUGUGUACCACUGUCCUCCUCCCUGGAGGGAUUAGCCAUCAAUCAGAAGUUUGUGGAAACCCACAUCCUGAGGACAUCUCCAUAUUUCAGAGGGCAAUACCUGACCAUCAACUCACACAGCAAGAUGGUGCUACUUGAGGAAGGAGGCGGAGUCCUACAGACUAGAGAAGGCUUCUCCGAGAAAAUUACUGUAAAGAUACUGAAUGAAGAGUUAGCAUAUAACAAGGAAUACAAGCAUUACAAAAUCCUUGUUAUUGAGAGACCACUGGAUCCUAUUUACCAUACGAAGCACUCCUCAAAGGAACAGCGUAACGGAGAGCUGUACACACCAAGGGUGUCUCUCCAGGAAUGCAAAGCUUUUCUGAAGUCAUUUGCUGAAUAUACUGUGGUGUUGAAAUCUCUAGACGAGAGCAUCUUCCGAUUCAACAAGAACUACAUGGUGUUGAAGAACUACUUGCAGGAUGCUGCCUCACGUCUGGAAAACAUGGCUGCCGACGCCAUCGAGAAGUGCACAAAAUGUACUAAACACAGAUUGUACUCCGACCCCAAGUUUAGAGAAGCUCUGUCCGGUUCAAUAGAGAGUUAUGUGCUGGGCAGCGUUCACCAGAAGGUGUUCACGGUCGUCUGUGAAGAGUUUGCCGCCGAUGACAAACUGCUGUCUCAACAGUGCCAGAAACUGAGUGGUGUCACGCCGGAAUACCUGGGGGUCCGAGCCGAGUUCUCCUGUCCCCUUCCGUCCGCUGUGGUUGAGUUAGCUCACCUGGACGGCCUGACUACCCCCAGAGCUAAACAGCUGUGUCUCAAGUCUACAGUUGACAAUGUGACAGAAGGGUUGAAUGCAUUUGUCAGAGAAAACCAGCAGCCGAACCUCCAGGGACAGUCAUCGGGUGGGGACGCCUGUUUGACCUCGGACGACCUCAUCCCUAUUCUGGUGACCGUCAUAGCUCAAGCCAAGUGCAGACAUCUCCAGAGCGACAUCUACUACAUGGAGAAUUUCACCUGGUUCUCCACCACCAAGGACAUGGACAACGUCAGCUACUGCUUGGUGACGUUCAAGGCUGCUGUGGAGUACAUGAAGACGACUGACUUUGAUGACCUGAAGUCUCACAACAUGGGGACAAGGAAUGAGAUCAGUAUUGAUGACCUGAUGGCGGCCACAACGGCCCUGAGUGUGGAUGAUGGUCAGGGCAGGGAGAAGUCUCGGACCUCCAGUGACAGGUCUCCGCAAUCAGCGACACGCAUGGAUCGACAGCUGGAGCGCAUCUCCAAGAUACUGCAGGACUCUGCCGUGGAACUCAACAAGACAGACAAGAGAAAGACCGGGCCAAGAAGUAUAUUUGGAUCUCGGCCCGAAGUCUACCAGACCCCAGAUGUUGUUCCCCAGCAGGACCCCAGUAGGAAGCGCCAGGAACUCGGAGAGUUUCUGUCCGCUCUGCAAGACGAUGAUUUUGACCAGCCAUUCGGAAAACAGACCUGAUGCUGACCCCAGAGGAACUCUCUGCCCAACAAGUCUUUCAGGCCAACCCUCCUACAGCUUCCCUCCUCCCAGCUUGCCGCGCCACUCUGCUGAUGACACCCGUCACAGGGAAGACUCAACAGUGUAAUGUCUGCAAUAGUAUAAGGAUAUACUUAUGUUGAAACUUGUCCAAUCAGAACUCCUGUUUACUUGAUGUGUCCCUUGAGACAUGAGUCCUUAUCGUCCACUGUGAUCUUCUUUUUUAUCUAGGCACUCACUUUGUCUCACAACCUUGGAUGUUUUAACAUGUAUUUGACAGCCUCCAUGAGAUUAUUUAUCUGUAUUUCCAUGUAUUAGUUCGUUCUGAGGUUCCAGGUUAGAAUUGGUCCCAGUGACCUAUGGUGGUCAUGGGACUCGACGAAAAGGAGGUCUGAUUCGGUGACUUAGUCAUCGUAAUCCGACUAUAGUAAUGUUGCUCAUUAUAUCAGUGCUUGUCGUAAGAGGAGACUAAGGGGAUCAGGUGGUCUGGUUCGUUGACUUGGUUGACACAUGUCAUCGUAACCCGAUUGCGUAGAUUCAUGCUCAUGAUGUCAAUGACGGGAUCGUCUGGUCCAUACUCAAUUAUUUACACACCGACGCCAUAUAGCUGGAAUAUUGCUGAGUGUGGCCUUAAACAACAAACAAACAAGAUAAUACUGUAAAUCUGGAAAGUUUUGCAUCAUAAAAUUACUGCAAGUGGCUCACAAUAACCUUGCAUCAAGAAAGUUUUGCAACACCCUGUUAAGAUUGCUAAAUAUGAAAGAUACAUUUGCAGCUGUUAUAUUUGAUUAGUAGGAAGCGACAUGAUGGAAGGGUAAGUCAGUGUCAGUCAGUGAUUUAUAAACUAUAGAUGCAUGUGUUGUUGUUGUUGUGGACAAGGGAGGUUUGAGGUAAGUGUGCUUAUCUAACAGAAUAGACUGUGUGUCUGGAUUAAUCUGGGGCGGUCGGGUAGCCUAGUGGUUAAAGCGUUCGCUCGUCAUGCCGAAGACCCGGGUUUGAUUCCCGACAUGGGUACAAUGUGGGAAGCCCAUUUCUAGUGUCCCCCGCCGUGAUAUUGCUGGAAUAUUGCUAAAAGUGGCAUAAAACCAUACUCACUCACUCACUCUGGAUUAAUCUGAUGCUGCAGGUUGGUGAACUGGGACUAAUUAGACUAUUGACACUAAGUUACAAUGUGUAAUUACGAGAAAAAAUUAGGGAUUAGCGCCCAGGGCGCUCUCAAAAUUAGAAAUAGGGGGCUCUUAUUCGAAUAUUAUUUUGGUGAAAAAAAAACAGAGUUAAAAGAUAAAUUUCGUUGUU